CGUGCGAAUCACUUAGGAACGUGGCGUUCGGACGAACUAAAAUCACGUAACAAAUGGAGGCGCAGCGUUACAAUAAUAUGUGAACGGAAGCUUUGGUGUAGUAAUUUUAGAAAAUCAUUUCGAUGGAUGAAACUACCAGAACCAUGUCAGGUAUGUCGUCUGAGGAUCGAGUGCAGUCCGUGACAAGUACAUCUCAAAACCUCGUGAGCAGUAACAGCGCAGAGUCAAGUUCGCCACGAGGUACGGACCAAGCUAGUCGCCAGAACAACUUGCAGAGGAUUCAGCAACGCAAACAUCAAGUUUUUAAUUGGCCCCAGUUAAAAAAGCUAUUGAAACUGGCAAAUUACAGCUCAUGCCAAGCCGACGAGUGCAAAUGCAACGGAUGGAAGAACGCUCAACCAUUGACUAAGUCUCCAAAGAAUGACAUGCAGCAACCAGCUGCUAACUUUUCCGAUCCAUGUCGAAGCUGCACCCAUGUACUUGAAAAGCAUAUCACACAUCUGCAAUCCCAAAGCGAUGACGAAAUUAACAAACUACUCGGCAUGGUCAUCGAUGUUGAUAACAUUUUCAUGGGAAUGCACAGGGAGGAGGAUCCGGAUACAAAAAAAGUCUAUUACUAUUUAUUUAAACUUUUGCGAAAAUGUAUCCUGUCUAUGACUAAACCGACAAUAGAGGGACCUCUGGGUCAGCCGCCUUUUGAGAGGCCUAGCAUAGCCAAGGCUAUAACUAAUUUUGUGCUCUACAAAUUUGGCCAUUUAUCCCAACGCGAAUGGCAAGCGAUGUACGAUUUAGCCAAGAUGUUUUUGCACUGUUUAAAUCAUUGGAAUUUCGAGACUCCGAGCGCUAGAAGAACUGCUGGUAACGCCGAAGAAGCACCCGCAUAUAAAAUAAACUACACACGCUGGCUUGUAUUUUGUCAUGUACCAGCUUUCUGCGAUUCUUUACCACAUUACGAUACUACACUCGUAUUUGGAAGAACUUUACUUCAAGCUGUAUUCAAAUCAGUGUGCAGACAACUCAUGGACAAAUGUCAUAGCGAACGAGACAGAAUGUCACCUGAAAAGAGAGUUCUAGUCCUGACGCACUUUCCUAAGUUUUUAUCUAUGCUAGAAGUAGAAAUAUACUCUGAUGGCUCUCCUAUAUGGGAUCCAGAGUUCAAACAAGUACCGCCAUCACAUUUACAAGCUGCCUUAGAAUCAAAGGGGAAUCACUCACGACGGCCUGGUGAAUUCGAGAAAAUCAGUGUAGCACACAAUGACAAAGACAAUUAUACGACAAUAAAUAUAAGCCCAGGGCUAAAAAAACUUCCUGAAAAACGAUCUCACUCAGAGGGAAGGCCUGAUUUGAAAAGGCGUAAAAAUGAAGAAGCUUUCGAAGACUUGCCGGAAGAAACUGUAGCAGAAAUUGUAGCGACGAUAAAUGAUCCUAACUACAUGUGCGGACCUGACGCAGUCUUCCCACCAAAUGUGCCGAGAGACGAAACUGCAAAAAUUGAGGAAAGUCGAAAGAUUAUAGAGUUCCAUGUCAUUGGAAACAGCCUGACACAACCAGUAUCGAAGCAAACUAUGCUCUGGUUGAUAGGAUUGCACAACGUUUUCAGUCACCAAUUACCCAGAAUGCCAAAAGAAUAUAUAUCUCAACUAGUCUUCGAUCCAAAACAUAAAACUUUGGCGCUUAUCAAAGAUGGUAGGCCUAUUGGUGGAAUUUGUUUCCGAAUGUUUGCAACCCAAGGAUUUACGGAAAUCGUAUUUUGCGCUGUGACAAGUCAAGAGCAAGUCAAAGGAUACGGUACACACUUGAUGAACAUGCUCAAGGAUUAUCAUAUAAAAAACAAUAUACUGCACUUUUUAACGUUUGCUGAUGAAUUUGCGAUCGGGUACUUCAAGAAGCAGGGUUUUAGCAAGGACAUAAAAAUGUCUAGACCCAUGUACCAAGGGUAUAUCAAAGACUACGAAGGUGCUACUCUGAUGCACUGUGAACUUAACGCUAAAAUUGUGUACACAGAAUUCACUGCAGUUAUAAGAAAACAGAAAGAAAUAAUCAAAAAAUUGAUAUAUCAAAGGCAACAAGAAAUACAAAAGGUGCAUCCUGGCCUGACCUGCUUCAAAGAGGGUGUGCGAGGAAUUCCUGUAGAAUCUAUCCCAGGAAUACGGGAAACUGGAUGGAAAAGUUAUGCUCAAACAAGAACGAGAGGCGUCGCGAAAGGAACGCAGGGACCAGAGCCAAUGGAGGCUUGUUUGGAUGUGACAGAUUCAUUAUACAACGCCUUAAAAAGUGUUUUGAAUACUGUGAAAAAUAAUAGCACUGCAUGGCCGUUCCUAAAGCCUGUUGAUAAAAAUGAUGUCCCUGAUUAUUAUGAUCACAUCAAAUAUCCAAUGGACUUAAAAACUAUGAGCGACCGUCUUAAGGCCAGAUAUUAUGUAACUCGGCGAUUGUUUAUAGCUGAUAUGACACGAAUAUUUACAAAUUGUCGAUUGUACAACAGCCCAGAUACGGAAUAUUAUAGAUGUGCCAAUGCGUUGGAAAAAUAUUUUCAAACAAGAAUGAAGGAAAUAGGUCUUUGGGAUAAAUAAUGAUGACUUCAUCAAGUUUAGAGUGAUUGUUCCCCAUCUAUUCUACAGCAUCGUAUUAAUUAUGCAGUGCAAACUCAUUGAUAUUCACCUAACUGAUGGCUGAGUACUGAUUUUAUGACGCGUUGUGCUUUAUGCACUAAACGCUUUUAUUAUUUAUUAUGCUAAACUAUGAGUUACCCGAUGUAUGCUAUUGCGUACUAUGAUACUUAGGAGAAAAUGGUUUUCAAAUGAAUACGGUUUCGAAAAUCUGCGUUCAUUAAUUUGUCAAUGACUUGUGUAGGUAAAUAUUUCGGGUUUCAAAAGGAUGUAAAACAUAUGUUUAAUCUGAGUUGUUCUUAAAGCUAGGGGCCUCACAAAGUAAAGAACUACGAAAAUGUGAUUCCACAAUUUGCCGUCUGUAUAUAUUAUCAUAAAUUGGAGAAUAAUUUGAAUUAAGAUUAGCUACUGAUUAGUUCAAUUUCGAUCUAAGCAAUGUUGGUCAGGUGCUGCAAGUGAAUAAUCAAUGGAUAUACAUACUUAUGUAUAUGUAGUAUACAUACAAUAUAUGUUUAAAUAAAGAUAACUAACUUUUGUAAAUAUAUUUCUAUCGAUUAAAUGACAAUUUGGAAAUUCCUUAAAAGACACAUUUACGGCAGGAGAAAGAAAUUCAUAUAAUCAGUCCCAGGAAUUUUCGUAUGAAUCGAUGUACAACUCAGGUUUUGAAUACUAUUGCCGAAAAAAUUGACUGAGUAAAACAUUCAAGAAUUUACUUGGGCACGGUAUUUUCAACCAUUGCAUUGGAGUUCAACUACAUUGCUUCAUGGUCUAAUUAAUGUAACUAGCCAAAUAGGUAAUUAAUUAAUGUAAUGCAGUGAUUAUAAUAAUGCCUCUCUUCAUGGUCAGUC